AUGGCCGCCACCGCCGCUGCCACCGUCCCCAUGUCGUCCUCUCAGCUCCUCAUCUGCGGCGGCAGCUCUCGCUCCGCGGCGGCGCGCCAGUCGCCGUUCGUCGUGCACGUCGCCGGACGCCGGCAGCAGGGGAUCUCCUGGCCCGGCGGCAAGGAUGGAUGGUGCUCGACGUCGCUAGCAGCGAGAGGCGUCGUGCGGUGCGCCGCCGUGGGGACGGAGGCGGCGGCGGAGGCGAAGAAGAAGAGUAGCUACGAGAUUCAGACGCUGACCGGGUGGCUUCUGAAGCAGGAGCAGGCGGGGACCAUCGACGCCGAGCUCACCAUCGUGCUGUCGAGCAUCUCCAUGGCGUGCAAGCAGAUCGCUUCUCUCGUGCAGCGGGCCGGCAUCUCCAACCUCACCGGUGUCCAAGGCGCCGUCAACAUUCAGGGCGAGGACCAGAAGAAGCUCGACGUGGUCUCCAAUGAGGUCAACCCCACCUUCCCUCCUCUCCUCUCCUCUCCUCUCCUUAAAACAUACCACUAAACCUUCUUCACUGAACAUGGGAGGGCGGGAUAAAUUCCGGGAGCGAUGGACGGUGAUUCAUGAAGACACAGGACAGGCGUUGACUUCGUCACUUGUCGUCGUUUGCAGGUGUUCACAAACUGCUUGAAAUCGAGCGGCCGCACGGGUAUCAUUGCCUCGGAGGAGGAGGACGUCCCCGUGGCCGUGGAGGAGAGCUACUCCGGGAACUACAUCGUCGUCUUCGACCCCCUCGACGGCUCCUCCAAUAUCGACGCCGCUGUCUCCACCGGCUCCAUCUUCGGAAUCUACAGCCCCAACGAUGAGUGCCUCGCCGACAUAAGCGACGAGUCCACCGUAAGUCAAACGAAACCCAUCUGCCGCCGAAGAGGAGGUGGAUGACCCACUGACCCUCCCUCUGGUCCUCCACGCGCGCAGCUGGACGACGUGCAGCAACGGUGCAUUGUCAACGUCUGCCAGCCCGGGAGCAACCUCCUGGCGGCGGGCUACUGCAUGUACUCGAGCUCGAUCAUCUUCGUGGUGACGCUGGGCAACGGGGUCUUCGUCUUCACACUGGACCCAAUGUACGGGGAGUUCGUUCUGACGCAGGAGAACCUGCAGAUCCCCAAGGCGGGGAAGAUCUACGCCUUCAACGAGGGGAACUACUUGUUGUGGGACGAUAAGCUGAGGGCCUACAUGGACUCGCUCAAGGAGCCCGGCCCCUCCGGGAAGCCCUACUCGGCGCGGUACAUCGGCAGCCUCGUCGGCGACUUCCACCGCACGCUGCUCUACGGCGGCAUCUACGGCUACCCGCGUGACAAGAAGAGCAAGAACGGCAAGCUCAGGCUGCUCUACGAGUGCGCCCCCAUGAGCUUCAUCGUCGAACAGGCCGGCGGCAAGGGCUCGGACGGCCACCAGCGAGUCCUCGACAUCAUGCCCACCGAGGUACCUACCAUUCAUUCACACGCAUAUAUUUAUCUAUAUAUGUCAAACGUGGAAUCAGAGAGAGAUCACACCGGCAUUUCUUGCUUCAUGAGCUUCAUCGUCGAACAGGCCGGCGGCAAGGGCUCGGACGGCCACCAGAUCGACAUCAGCCCACCGGGUUCAUAUAUUUAUCUAUAUAUGUCAAACGUGGAAUUCACACAGACAUCGCUUCUAUUUCCCUCUGCAGAUACAUCAGCGGGUUCCGUCGGGAGCGUGGAGGAGGUCGAGAAACUGGAGAAGUUUUUGGCUUGA